ACUGAUUUUUAGAUAUUUCAUUAUGGGUGGACAGUUUCAGGAAGACUACGUGGCAAUGGAUGGAAAAGUGGUUAUAAUUACUGGAGCUAAUUCAGGAAUUGGGAAGGAAACCGCCCUGGAUCUGGCCAGAAGGAAUGCCAAGAUUUAUCUGGCAUGUCGCAACUACGAUCGCUGUGAAUUAGCUCGUCAGGAAAUCAUCCAAGCCACAGGGAACACAAAAAUAUACAAUAGGCACCUUGAUCUCAAUAAUCUGGAUUCUGUCCGGGAAUUUGUUGAAGAAUUUUCCAAAGACGAGAAGCAUCUGGACGUUCUGAUCAACAAUGCUGGUGUUGCUAGUCUUCAACACUCAAUGACUAAAGAUAAUUGUGAAACUACCCUCCAAGUUAAUCACCUGAGUCAUUUCCUUCUGUCUCAUCUUCUUCUUGGGCAUCUCAAGAGGGCUCCUCAAGGAAGAAUAAUUAACGUAUCUAGUAUUUUGUAUAUAUUAUCAAGAAUUGAUAAGGCUGAUCUACAUUUAAACAAAUCAUUCGGAAUGAUCAGGGCCUAUACAAACUCUAAGUUAGCCCAGAUUCUCACAACGCAGAGGUUUGCCAAGGAGUUAAAGGGAACAAAUGUUACUGUUAACGCAGUCCAUCCAGGUAUUAUUUCUACAGACAUCUGGCGAGAUGUACCAUGUAUUUCACGAACUUUCAGUUGGAUUAUAUGUUUUGCAAUCAAUUUAUUUACUUACAAAUCUGUAACUUCUGGAGCCCAAACACAAAUCCGUUGUGCUGUUGAUCCCAAAUUAGCAAAUGUUUCUGGGAAAUUCUUUUCUGAAGUCAAAGAGGAGGAUCUAGUUCCUCAUGCAGAAGACGAGCAGACUGCUGAAUGGUUGUGGAAUGAGAGCUUGAGACUUACUGAAUUGUACGAUAGAAAUGUAUAA